GAAGACAAGCAGAAUUCGCAUGGGAAAUCGCCUAGAAAUAUUUCAACCCUAUGUUUAAAAGAUCGAAGGAAAUAGGCAGGUAGACAAUUCCAAAGGUCAAUUUUCGAACAAAAUUGUAUUAUCAUACAUCAGUGACAUGAUGGGGACAAAAAGAAAAAAAAAAAACUGCUAUUUUGUUAUGACCUAGUAAGAUCAUAAUUCACCGUAACGAACAAGUCAUUUAAAUGGGAACACCGGCCACCCAUAAUUUUUCAAACCAUAAUUAAGUCACCCCGUAAUAAAUUACCUUUAAAAGAAUUUUUAAACAGGACAGUUUCAGCAUACAAGUCGUCACAUCCAGUGGUUUUCUUUGCAAGUAUUCCAGCAUGUAACCUAAUAUUCCACUGGACAUAUCCAAAAGUUAAUAACUGGACGAAUAUGGUUAUAUAAAAUCUUUCACCAUAAAGAAAAUCCACCGAGUGUAAACUGGAACUGAGUGAUAAGCCAGUACGUGAAUUUUUUCCCACGCGUUUAUAUAAUUUCACUGUCAGCGGCAGGAUGUUUAUGUAAUUCUCUUUCGCCCUUCUGGAGAUCUUUCUGAGGUGAGAGUUGGAGCGAUAAUGAGAAAAGCAAUUAUUUUCUGGAGGAGGUUGCGAGAGCUGGAGCAAGAAUGAAACAUUUCUGGAGGUUUUGCUGUGGCGAGAGCUGAGAAUAAGAAACAGGUGGGUUGUAGCCGCCGUAUACCCACAACUUACACGACGGCUGAGAUACAUUGUAAUGUGACAUUUUAUGUUUUCUUUGUUAGCGUUAUAUUAUUUGUAGUGACUGGUUGUUAUACAUGAGUAGUGUAUGGAGUGUAGGGCGCGCCCACGCGCCAGCACAACAGAGUGAGAGGGAAACGUUGGGCCGAGGGGAUGCGUUGAACUUGCCCUCUCAGCUAUUUCUCUCAUCGACGGGUCGGUUGUUAUGACGUGAGCGCUGAUAACAAACCUGCAGCAUAAUGAACAUCAUACGCCGUAGGGGCCCAGCACCGUCUCCAAAGCCACUUCACGACAGUCACGCCUACAGGUUAGACGUGUCUCGGGAGGCGCGGAGAGAGUAAAUCCUAAUAAAUCCCGAUGUUCCUCAUCCCGGUAAAUCCCCCAAGUGUAAUCCUUACAUACAACCAAGAGGACGCCUGUUCCCCACACUGUGUGUUCUUACAAGCACUGAAGACUUUGAGACGAGUGAGGAUGUGUACGAUGCCAUUGGUGGGCUGCUGGUGGAUGCCGUGGGGCUUGAGAAGGAUGGGGAGAUCAGGAGGCUGUGUGGGGAGGUGAUGGAUCUACUGACAACGACUAAUGGUGCCCUGGAACACAAGACCUUGGAGGCACCGGUGCAACUGGCCCAGAUGGCAGCCAACAUGGAGCUGGAUGAGCAUGAAAUCAAGUCUGUCUGGUCAAGAGAGAGGGAUGAUGCACUGAAAGUUGAUCAGAGAAAACUAGAUAAAGCAGAGGCAAAGCUCAAAGAAAAGAAGGAGAAGCGUAUCAACACAGACAAGAAGGAAUCACAACCCCCCAUCAUUCUGGAAAUGGCCACUGCCUCCCAGAUUGUCAGUAAGAAAGACAGAGCUUUAGAUGCAAAAGGAAUCUGCAACACAAAGGACAUCAGGAUAGAAAGCUUUGAUGUGGCAUAUGGUGACAGGGUCCUCAUUCAGAAUGCAACUAUAUCUCUGGCCUUUGGUAGAAGAUAUGCCUUAGUAGGGAGAAAUGGCCUUGGAAAAACAACAUUGCUGAGAAUGAUGGCAAGCCGGAGCCUCCGCAUCCCAAGUCACAUCUCCAUCUUGUACGUGGAGCAGGAAGUGACAGGAGAUGAUACCACAGCUCUUGAGAGUGUGCUGGAGUGUGACAUUCAGCGCAAGACUCUGCUUAACCGAGAGAAAGAAAUUCAGAGCAGAAUAUCUCAAGGAGAGCAAGAUGACAGCCUUGCUACACAGCUGUCUGAGGUGUAUGCAGAGCUUCAGGCCAUUGAGGCAGACAAAGCCCCUGCCAAGGCUAGUGUCAUUCUCAAUGGGCUCGGGUUCAAUCCUGAGAUGCAGUCCAGGAAGACACGGGAGUUCUCUGGAGGCUGGAGAAUGAGGAUAGCACUGGCCAGAGCACUCUUCUCACAGCCAGACCUCCUGCUGCUUGAUGAGCCUACUAACAUGUUGGACAUGAAAGCUAUCAUCUGGUUGGAAAACUACCUGAUGGGUUGGGCAUCCACCUUACUUGUGGUUUCUCAUGACCGUCAUUUCCUGGAUAUUGUGCCCACUGAUGUUCUGCAUCUCCAUUCCCAGACCAUCGACAUGUACAGAGGAAACUAUGAAAACUUCCUUCAGACCAAGAAUGAGCGACAGAAGAACCAGCAGAGAGAGUAUGAUGCCCAGAUGCAAUUUCGUGCCCAUGUCCAGGAGUUUAUAGACAAGUUCCGCUACAAUGCCAAACGUGCUUCCCUUGUCCAGUCCAAGAUCAAGAUGCUCGAGAAAUUGCCUGAGCUGAAACCUAUUGACAAGGAGGUGAAAGUGAUGCUGAGGUUUCCUGAGGUGGAGAAAUUGAGCGGCUCUGUCUUGCAGCUGGACGAGGUGCAAUUUGAAUAUACCUCUGGAAACACUAUCUUUACCAGUGUCAAUCUCUCAGCUGCCAUGGAUUCAAGAAUAUGUAUUGUUGGAGAAAAUGGCACAGGCAAAACCACACUGCUGAAGAUCCUGCUGGGGGAGCUGGACCCAACCAAAGGGCACCGGCUGGCCAACAGGUCAUUGAGGAUAGGCUACUUCACCCAGCAUCACGUGGACCAGCUGGACAUGAGGGUGUGUCCUGUAGAGCUGCUACAAAAUAAAUACCAAGGGCGGCCAACUGAAGACUACCGUCGUCAGCUUGGGUCUUUUGGUGUAAGUGGUGACCUGGCCCUACAGCAGCUAGCCAGUCUGUCAGGUGGUCAGAAGUCCCGUGUGGCCUUUGCCCUCAUGUGUAUGGGCAAUCCUAACUUCUUCAUCCUAGAUGAGCCGACUAACCACUUGGACAUAGAGACCAUUGAGGCACUUGGAGAGGCAAUCAGUAGAUUCAAGGGUGGAGUGGUCUUAGUAUCCCAUGACGAGCGGCUGAUCCGUAUGGUAUGCACCGAGCUGUGGGUGUGUGGGGACAAGAAGGUGCGGUGUGUGGAGGGCGGUUUUGAUGAGUACCGGGUGCUUGUCGAAAAGGAGAUUCAGGCCACCUUAUAAGGUUGUCUGUUCUCUAGUGAGCCAUUUUAACCACAUUUAGCUACAAAAAUUUGAAUUAUGUUGUCAAUGUUAUACCGAACAAGGUUUUCUGUAGAACUUUGUGAUAUGGUUGAUUAAAUAUUUAUUUAUUUAUUUUAAAAGAAAAAUGCUUUUAUACAGAAAUGUUCUAACAUGCAAAAUACCGAAGUCUUAUUUGCAGAAUCAGUUAUGACAAUACAAGCAUUAUUUAUCUACAUA